GUCAUGUCAAUAACAUUGGGUUGGGGUUUGUUUAUCUUAUUUUUAUUUACAAACACUAAAUAAUGCUUUUAUUAAUUUUUAAAAUACCACAGAUAAAAUGUUUUUAUUUUUAAACCGAGAUUAGUUUGUUUAAUAGUUGGGCGUUAUUUACAUUGGUAAUUAUAGAAAUUGACUUUCGAAAUGGAGCAAGGGGAAGGAAGAGAAGAUAAGAAAUCUGAAGAAACUCAGCAACAACUUAGUCCAAAUGCACUGAAAGUUGCUGCUGCAGAAUGUUUAAAUAGCUGGAUUCAUUAUUUACAGAUGUUAAACAGCAUGUGUGCAGCUGGUCUGCGCCUAUCUCAAUCUCUGAAUAAUUUAUCUCAGAUGCAGAAUAUUCCUUUUGCUCUACAAUGCCAGUCUAGUUGGGAAGAACUGUCAAAAUCAACUGCAAUUGCUAGUAAUUCUGUGAAAACCCAUAUAGCCAAUGCCAUGCAGGACAUGAGUAUAGGCGAUACUUUUACUGAAGGAGAUGCUCAAAGACAACAAGAACAUAAUCAACAAAUCAUCACUGAAAACUUACUGGCAUUUGUGAAUCUCCAAUAUCAAUUUUCUAUCGCUGGCUGUGAAAAUUUUGGGUCCAUGGCUAUGUGCCCUUUAUGUCAGACUGCCCCUGGUGGGAUUCAUAGUUCUGAAUGUAGUUUGGCUGCAUUACAACAAUGUUUUAACAGACUUUAUCCACAAGAAUCUUCUUCACAACGAUCAAGCCCACAUUUACCAUCUGAGCGGAUGGAAAGUCCCAAAGGUCACGAGGUAUCCAGGGGGGAAGUACCGAGACAGAAAAGUCCUCAUUCCGAAAGAGAACAUUCUCCGCAUGCUGAGGGAAUCCAUCGUGGACAAAGUCCGAUUCAUGUGUUUGGAGAUGGUAGUGGUAAAGGGGUAGGACCCUUGGAAACUCUAAGAGGUCCUUUUCCUAUCCCAGGCCCACUUCAUACGAUGAAAUCACCAUUUCCUGGCCGUGGUUCAAGAUCCCCCCUUCAUUUCCCACUGUUUCCUUUAAGUUGCCAGCGCAGAUGGUCUGAAGCGGGGGUUGCCGAUUCCUCUGGAGAAAGUGGAGACGAACAGCGACGGAGAUGGUCAAUGCCGUGGGAUACAGCAUGGGGAGAGUCGGCUAGUCAAGGACAACAAAGAUAUUUACCAUCAAAGUUGGCUGUUCCAUCUGGAUAUUCCCAAGAAAAAAGUAGAAGCACUACUCCAGAAACAGUUCCCUCACUGCCACAACCACCGUCUGGAGGCCCUGGUAUUCUUCCCGGUACCGAAGGAUUAGCUGAAGCAAUUCAUCUUUUGUCCUGCCGGCCAGCGCGUUGCUCAAUUCCCCAAACUGCAGGCCAGCAUUAUAUGCCUCAUUGGGGAGAAACACACGAAGAAAGGAUGCACCGCCGAAUGAUGUAUCCGGGACCAGCAUCUCAAAGGGGUAAUUGGCAGUCUAUAGACGUACCGCAUUCUAGCGGUAUGUCAGUUACAGAGCAUUGUGAUAUUUUCCCAUCCGGAUUACCAUUAACUUCGCGAAAAAGCAGCUCAUCGACUGAUUCGUCAUCGUGUUUGUCCAUUCACAGCAGAUCUACGACUAGUUCUUCGGAAAGGGGAUCUGCAAGUGAAGCUAGUGGCGCGGAAGCCAUCAGAAUGCACGCAAAUCUUUAUUCGAUGUGGAGUGGCAGUGAACAUUUACCUUUUAUACGUCUACCCGAAUCACAAGAACCACUAGACGAUAGCGAUACUGACGAUCCACCUACUGAAAAAAGUAUUGGUGUACAUUUUCCAAAGCCUACUUAGACUUUUCCCCUAAUUAUCUAGAUUCCAAAUUAGUGAUUUCUUAUCCGAUUUGUCAAAGAUACCCGAAAAUCACGUUGCGCGUACAUAGCUGUUUGAUGUAAUCGAUAUCUGGUGAUGUGUCGAUGUUUGUUAUACCUGUCUACGAAAUGAAACGUUUUAGGCUGGUCCUAAAACUACUUUUUAUAGUUUUUAUCGUAUAUGACUGUCUGUAUCUAAGAUUCGUGUAUGUACGAGCCAAAUUUCUUUUAUAGAUGAAGUAACAAAAAUAAGUUGAGAAAAUGUAAAAGAUACUUUUAUUGCAACUCAGUAUUACAAUAACUAGACUGAUAAUGCAUAAACAAUCAAACAAUUGUUGGAACUAUGAACUGAAAGGUCUUUUGUGUGUAACCUAUAUAUGUUUUAGUCCAAAAGAUGUAAAUUUUUAAGAUUACCUAUUAUAGGCUUCAAAGCUAUGUUUCUUACCUGGUCAGAUUUUAAACUUAAAUAGACCUGUUCAGACGUUUGUGAACAAUUACUUUGCUAUGAUAUUGUACCGUUUUUUAAAUAAAACGAGCGGUUCGAAUUUAUAUAAAUAUAUUUAUUUAUAACUUUACAGUUCGGUAUUCUCUUAUCAACUGAACUUAUUCCUAAGAUCGUUACAUAUAUAUAUACUAAAGUUACUAUUUUCUAGAAAGUUCCCACCUCUAGACCGAUCUUUCUCGAAAUAUCGAGUCGCUUUCGAGAUGCCGCCGCAUGGAAGCAUGAGGUGUUGUUUCAAAAUGCAACGGUUAUACGUGCCUCGUUAAAUGCACGUUCGUAACACUGCUCCCCUCUUAGAUCUGAGCGUCCCGAUCAGCAACUCUAUAUGUAGUUCUCUCUGCGUAAUUUGACAUAAAUUCAUUAAAGCUUGGUCGCCGAUCAUCUUUGAUCUCAUGUUGAAGGGUUCGGACUUCUUCGGUUUCAUUUGAGCCAGCAUAAGGUGCAAGACGAUUUAUGUGAACUACUUUUGGUUUACCUUUCGGCAACUUCUUAAUUCGGUAUAUUACGUCAUUUAUUCUCUUUUUAAUUUCAUACGGACCCUCCCAUUGUCUUUGCAGUUUAGGAGACAAGCCACGACGACGUUGGGGAUUAUAAAGCCAAACAAGAUCACCUACUUCAUAGCUUUCAUUCUUGCAUCGAGAACCGUAUUGAUCUUUCAUUCUGUCACUGGCUAACUGGAUGUGUUGUCGGGCAAGUUCAUGAAUGUUGUUCAUUCUUAACUUUAGGCGGUCGACAUAAUCUUCGCUUGCAACAUGUUCUUCGGAAGGUCUGCAGCCAAACUCUAGGUCGCAGGGCAAACGAACUUCACGACCUAACAUCAGGCAGGUUGGAGUCUGGCCCGUAGUUUCAUUCACGGCCGAGCGGUAUGCCAUUAAGAAUAAAUGAAUGUGCUGAUCCCAAUCUCUUUGAUGUUUUGAUACAACUUUGGACAGGUGUUUACCCAUCGUUCGGUUCAUCCUCUCGACCAUUCCAUCUGAUUGAGGAUGCAGGGGUGUCGUUCUGGUCUUAUUGACACCAAUCAAUUUACAAACGUUUUGGAAAAGGUUUGACUCGAAGUUUCGCCCUUGGUCGGAGUGGAUCUCCAAGGGAACACCAAAUCGGCUAAAGAAUUCUUUAACAAGUACCUCUGCAACGGUAGCAGCUUCUUGAUUUGGUAGCGCAUAGGCCUCAGUCCAUUUCGUAAAAUAAUCCAUGGCUACCAGGAUAUAUUUAUUUCCAUCAUUUGUCUCUGGAAGUGGUCCUGCAAUAUCGAUUGCUACUCGUUCCAUAGGACUACCAACAUUGUACUGUUUCAUGGCUGCCCUCUUUUUACCAACUGGACCAUUACUAGUUGCACACAGUUCACAUUUCCGGCACCAUCUUCUUACAUCAUCUUUACAGUUCACCCAAUAGAACCGUUCUCGAACCUUUUGCAGAGUCUUCGUAAUACCAAAGUGUCCACCUGAUGCACCGUCAUGCAACUGACGCAAUACUUCUGACACUUUACUUUUAGGUACAAUCAACUGAAGCUUAGUUUCUGUACCAUCAUCGUUCUCAAAGGUUUUAUACAGAAGAUCAUCUUUCAGCACUAGGCAAUUCCAUUGGCUCCAGUAACACUUGACUUCGGGACUACAUGCACUAAUGUCUUGCCAAGAAGGUCUUUCACUUCGACGCAUCCAAUCCAAUACUCUUUUUAUACAUGGAUCAUCUGCUUGAGCGUCUUGUAACUGUUGUGGUUGCCAUUGAUCAUUAAUGACGGUGUUUCGUCUCACGGGGCAAAGUCUUUCUUCUAAUUCAAGACAAUGAUUACGAUUUUCACCGUAUGGCCGUCUUGAUUGUACAUCAGCAUUUGAAUGACUUUUUCCAGCCCAGUGCUCGAUCUGUUCUAGCUUUCUGACUGUUGUUUUAUUUUCUUGCACUUUAUGGCGAAUGUGACCUUCGUUGUUACCAUUCGAACAUCUGGGUUCACGUCUCUUCGGCAUCAUGUUACGAACUACUUUCCGUACGAUUUCCUCCAGACGUUUAUCGUUUCGUUCAUCACUCUCUUCACAGGUUCGUACUUGAUAGCUCCGUGAAACUCGACUAGCUAUCUCAUGUUCCAAGGCAAUGGCGAGCGCUUCAUCUAAAACUUUCGGUCUUGCUAGUCGUAAAGCUUUCUGUAGUUCAAUGUCUCUCAACCCAUUGACGAAGGUAUCUACAGCAAUUUCUUCCAAAAUGUUGUCUGGUGCCUCUGGAUAGGCCAACAGCGCUAUACGAGCAAUAUCUGCUUCAAAUUCUUGCAAACUCUCACUUGCUCGUUGAAUUCUACAUCUUAUUUGUACUUUGUAGACUUGUUGUAGAUGAGCAUCUCCGUAACGUUUGUCUAGUCGAGUGAACAAGGUCUGGUAACAUUUUUCUUGACCCUUAGGAAUCGAUCUUAGGAUAUCUGCAGCAUCACCUCGUAAAGCAGCAGUCAAGGAAACAGCUUUUUCUUGUUCUGUCCAAUGAUUGGCUGUCGCAAUAGCUUCAAAUUGUCUAAGGUAUAUGGACCAAGAGGACUUUCCAUCAAAUGGUGGCAAUUUGAAUCGCAUAUGAUGUGUCGUUUCGUCUCUAGGUGAUUCUUCUUUCACUACCGGUUUCAAGGCCACUGUGUUAACUGGUGGUAGCAUUUUUGUGUUUGUUAUCAUGCUCUCUGUUUGAUUUUGUCUUCUACUUUUUCGAAUGUUUUAGAGACUUCUUCACAUUUCUCAUUGUUCUGAAUACAUAUUUCUUUAAUUAUUUGUGAAGUCUCGUCGAAUCUUCUAGAUACAUUUUCAAAUUUCUCGUCGUUUUGUCUAGCUACUUCUUUAAUAAUUUGAGACGUUUCAUCGAAUCUUUUGGAAACGUUCUCGAAUUUAUCAUCAUUUUUUUUAGAAGAUUCUUCUAUCAUAUGCGACACAUUUUCAAAUUUACUAUCAUUUUUUCUGGAACUCUCUUCGAUCUUCAUUAAAACUGCUUCUUCUGCUGAUUGAAAAUGGAAUGUUUCUGGGUCAUAUCCAUUCUUUUUAAGAACAGUCUUUAGUCGUUCUUGGAGACUCUUCUUGGACCCGCUGCAGUCUUCAUCGCGUUCUUCUAGUUGCUCACGCAACUGUUUCACUGAAAGUUCUACUAGCAGCAUCUUUGGUCAGGCACACACGUACUUUUUUAAUGUUCUUUCGUACAACGAUCACUACUGAACUACGCGGAUGUUCCCGACAAACAAUACUUUUCAAAAGUUCAAAAGUCUCUUUUUUUCACUGUUAAAUUUAUGUUUAAAUAAAUCAAUUGACCCCACACCUGACACCAACUGUACCGUUUUUUUAAAUAAAACGAGCGGUUCGAAUUUAUAUAAAUAUAUUUAUUUAUAACUUUACAGUUCGGUAUUCUCUUAUCAACUGAACUUAUUCCUAAGAUCGUUACAUAUAUAUACUAAAGUUACUAUUUUCUAGAAAGUUCCCACCUCUAGACCGAUCUUUCUCGAAAUAUCGAGUCGCUUUCGAGAUGCCGCCGCAUGGAAGCAUGAGGUGUUGUUUCAAAAUGCAACGGUUAUACGUGCCUCGUUAAAUGCACGUUCGUAACAAUAUACACUGUAUUCAACCUUCUCGUCCGCAUUUUUGUAGAAUCUCCUCUUUGAUAUUUCACAGAGAUUAUACUUACGUGAUCAGUAACGAAUGAGAACGUCUGUUACUAUUCUGAGUUCAAUUUCUGAAACUCUACGAAUACUUUUUUAUUGUGAGCAAAAGGUUGUAAUAACCUCUGUGCUAUUCAUUUCUUUUAAGUCGAUACUGAGUGUUGGUGAACCAAGCCGGUGACAAUUUAAAAAAGGGUAUUUUAUACACCUUAUUAUCGACUAAAUACUGAAAAAUACCAAAAUGGUAUAGACCAACGUUUCCCAAAGUUUUUUUUUUCGAGGAGCACUAUUCAGGACCGAAUGAAACCUAUAUAGGUUGUAACCUCGGAAACCUUUUUUGGAUGGUACCACUAGAAAGGUCACCAAUGGAGACACUGUGGACGGUAGCCACAUGGUUGGUGGAGAGCGAGUCGUGGGUUCGAAACUAGCUUUUGGAACCGAGAAUCGGUCCAACGGACGAAAUAAGUAAAGAUAGAACAAGAUAAGAUAUAUUAGAAAAGAUACAGAAAUAAACAAAAAGUUAGAUGGGUAAAAUUACCAAAGAUACGAUAAGAUAGAAACAGGGCGCCACUCAAUUUUUUUGGGUUUAAGGAGAAAAUUAAGAAACCUUAGAAAAGAAAAGAGGUAAGGAAAGAUGUUUAGGUUCAGAGAUCAAACCCAAGAAAAGAUAUUAACAGUUAAUUAUUAAAUAAAUUUGGUCAACACACUAUAUAAACUAAUAAUAAAUAUAUUAGGUGGACUCCGUCCAUCUACUUACCUACGAAACUUAAUCAGCCUGAUCCUUCUCCUGGUCAAAAGUAUAGUAAUAAUUGAAGGUAAAAAACAAAUAUUCAGAGUUAUGGUUAUAUCAGGAAACUUGUUAGGAGUCGACAAAUAAAAUGCAUAUAUAAAACAAAAGCAAUAUAUUCAACAACACAAUGAUAUCGGUAGCUGAAUGUACACACAAGUUAAAUAUACACCAUCAAUUAUGAAAUGGUGGUAUACAUAUAAAAAUAAGCAGUAAUACGAAUAAUAAGUACCUUUACAAAUACAACAAUAUAAUAAUGCACAGGUUCAAUUAUCAGCGAAGAGAGUCUAAUGCUGAGUAAGAAAAAAAUUCAACCAAAGUUGAUUAAAGAAAGGCUCUCUUUGCUGUUUAAUGGGCAUAUCUCGAGAUACUCAGUUAAAAAUAUAUAACAAUUAUAGCAAAUAACAAAAAGUAAUCAAAUCUAAAUUUACAAGAAUACAAAAAGGUUACAGAAAUAAAAAUUUAACCAAACCGCACUUGGUCGUAGUUAAUUAUCUAUCUCGCACUGAUAUUUAAUGAUCGAGAACUAAAUGUUCGAAAUUAUUAUUUAUUGAAAUUUCUUAGUAGCUGAUGGAAAGUUCGUAAGAAAAUAUUAAAUGUUCUAUAAAUUGAAUGCAAAAAUCAUUAGUUACUCUCAACUACAGGUGAAGACAUGGAUGAACUUUGAUUCGACCAGAUGAUUGCAGAUAAUAUACCAUUCCAUAUUAUUCGCCCGUGGAGAUACUAAGAUUAUGGUAACUUACAGUAAUUCCUGAUGACUGCUGCACUAAUUCACUUAAGUUAAUUAAAAUUAAAGGUACUCUAUACCAAUAUUUAAUCUAAUAUGAUAUUAGAUAAAAAAAGUCAAAUAUACACACUUAGAAAGAAAAAUGCACAGAUACGGUAAGGUAACAGAGACGAUAAUAUGAGCGAAGCUAAUAAUUCAGCACCCACUGCUUGAACAUUAACUUAUUUAAAGAAUUGAAGGACGAAAGACCACCAGCCAGGGACUGGAAUGAAAAACAGAUUAAACACUAACUUAUAUUUAAUGCUAAGAUUAAAUAGAAAUUUCUGACAGCCGUCCGAAAACACUGUGAUAUGGGAUACUUCACCACACUUUUCACUGACGCUAUUUUCACUAUUAUAUAUAAUUACAAGUAAAAUUGCUUAGCGGAAUGUCGUUUCUAUGUUUAAAAAGCGAACUACUGGCAACACUGCUGGUUUGAAUAGAUGAACUGUUUAUAUGAAACUAUAACUGCAGUUUUAGGAAACACUGAUUACUAUAAAUGAUUGGCUUGGAAAUCUUUAUGAAUAAUAAUGCGAUGCGAACUACUUAGUUACAAAUACAUAUAAUAUAUUAAUAAGCGAAGCGAGUAUUUGCGAGCUAGCGAGUUUAGCUUACGAGAUUUUGCGACCGACUUUUGUAAUAGCUUUUUCUGAACUGGUUGUGAUAAUAUCCACAUUAUGUAGGCAGGUAACGGAGGGCUCUUACCCCAAGAAGUACCGUUAAAUAUCUUCCUUUAUUCCUUCUAAGAAUUACAAUAUCGGCAUAGUUGAAAAUUUCUAUCGAGUGGAAUGGAAUUUCACAACCCACGCCGUGACAUACGACAUUUCAGAAAAAUCGGGGUUAUAGUAGGCUUCUCACUGGUUUAAGGGCACUUUGGUAAUUGUUUACAAUUUGUAAAAGAGUACUUGGUUCGGAGUUUUGUGUACUUACUGUAUUUAUAGAAAAUAGAGAGGAACCGCCAAAUAUAUCUCUUUAAUUGUAUAUGGACGUACAAUUGGACUUCAAGACCUUGAAUUGCUUUAUUUAGUAUACUAUUACGUUCUGAUCAAGGUGAUAAGGCAGUGUCGUAAGUGUUCAGCACAAUGCAGUAACAAUUCAAUUAUCAGUGGAUGGACAGUAUUUUAAAACAUUCCGUUCACGGAACAACGAAGGCUAGAGGUGUCUACUUUUGCAUUUGUAUAUUAUUUAUACGUCAAUAAUAAAAACCAAUUAAAAUAAAUUUUUCUACAAAAUGCUAAUGACAUUCCCAUACGUCAUUGGACCCUAAACAUUUAUGCGGAGAGCCCACGCCGUCAUGUAUAUGGCACUAACUUUUUUCUUGUCAAAUAUCUCAAUAAGAAAAAUAAUGUUACACGUAAGCAAUAACAAAAUGCUUUAAGCAUUUUCCGCCGUCCGUAAAGUUUUAACUUUUUAACAUAAUACACAUACCUGUUCGAUGUUGAAGCCACUGCCUCUACUGGAGUGACUGUGUCAGUGGUAUUAACUAUUUUUCUGAACGAUCCAGUCUUCAACCAGCGAUCCAUUGCCGAAGAACAAAACUAGGAAUUGGUUUCAAAUAACAAGUGGCGAAUAACUGCAAAUACUCCGUGAACUAAACUGACACUGCAAGGAUUGAGUGACCGCACAAAUGCACAAUACAAGAAUGAAACAUGACUAAUAAUUUCCGUCCGUAGGUACACUUUGUUUGGCGUAAUAAGGAGAAGGUGGUCUUAAACCAGUUCAGAAGCGCCGUCUGACCGUGAAACGUCGCCGAUAGAAUAUUAGGAGCGCAUGUCAAACAAGUAUUAUAAUUUUGAAACUCUUAUGAAGCACUCGUUGCUCCGCGGAGCACAGUUUGGGAAACGCUGGUAUGGAUCAAUUGCAGAUUUUUAGACAACAUAGAUUAGAUUUGCUACUGUUUAAACGUCAUAAAUUGUUUAAAAUCUGCAUGGUUUUUCAAAACGCAUGAUUUUUGUUACUUCAUCAAUGUAAUGUUCAUCAAUUUAAUCAAUUAAAUGUUUUUCAUUGUUACUGUUAUUAAUUUUAUUUUUAUAUUUUAUGUAUAAGCGAUUUUAUGUGGAAGCUUUAAGUCAAUGUCGAUGUAAUUUAUAAAAUAUCACUGCUCGUACCAUUUUAAUACUAUAUGGACUUGGAUCUAUAUAAUCUGACUUGCUAAGGAGACUGAAAUAUGUAAUGGGAUGGACUUUUGCAUGUUCUUGACAUUUUUUCUAUAUAUUGACUUUUAGAACCAUCUUUAAUGUUGUUAAAUGUAUUAAGUAAUAAAAUUCUUUAUACU